AUGUUGCUCAAAUCCGCCGUCCUCGUCUGCCUGUUGGCAGAGCUUGGCCUUGCCAAGCAGAAGCGUCAAGCUGAGCCGUCGCCGAUCCUCAGCAGCAUCAGCAUCCCGCCGCGCAUCUCGACCGGCACCGGUGAUGCGGUCUCCUCCGCUGCGCCCACCGGCAUCUUCCUCAACACUUCGGCCCCGGCGGUCCCUGCCGUCACGACCCUCACCGAGGUCGCCACCGUCACUUCCACGAACGACAACAACGUCACCGUCACCGAUGUUAUCACAACCGAACGCACCGUCACAGCCAGCCCUGUGACCAUCAUUGAGCAGCCCAAGAUCAUCAUCAUCUCCCAGCAAACCUUCUUCAACUUCAUCUCUGGUCUCGGUGGCGCUCCUCCUGCUGUUCAGCAAGGUGAGCAGGGCGGUUUCCAGGUCGGAGGCCAGCAGUUCGGUCAGUUCCAGUCUGCUUGCAAGGCCGCUUGCAACAUGCAGUUCACCCAGUGCCAGAGCGUCGCCGGACAGAACUUCGCCGUUACCCAGUGCCAGACCCAGCUUAUUGCUUGCAACAACGCCGCCAAUGAGCAGACGACUGUCACUGUUUCCGUCCCUGUCACCCUGACCCAGACCGUUGUCGUUCCUCCCUCCGGCACUGUUCCUCCCGUUGAUGGUGGCUCCGUUAUCGCGACUACCACUCUGCCUCCUGAUGCUGGCGCCACUGUCGGUACCGGCGGUGUCACCUUCGUCUCCUUGACUGCCGCUCCCUCUCAGACUGCCGCCGUCCCCGAGACCACUGCCGCCGUUGAGACCACUGCCAUCGAAACGACCGUUCCUGAUGCCACUGGAGGCCAAGUCGUCUCCACCAUUUUCGUCACUCGCUCUGCUGGUGGUGUUCCCCCCUCUGGCCCUGAGGGUACCGCUGUCAGCUCCGCCGACGCCGUCGCUAGCUCCGUUGCUCUCACCACCUCUGCUGUCGUUACCACCGUCCCCGACGCCACCGGCGGCCAGGUUGUCUCUACGAUUUUCGUCACUCGCUCUGCUGAGGUACCUGCUGCUUCUGAGGCUGUUGGCUCUGCCUCCGAGGCUGUCGGUUCCCUCACGACCUCUGCCGUCGUUACUACUGUUCCUGACGCCACUGGAGGCCAGAUCGUUUCCACCAUCUAUGUCACUCGCUCUGCUGGCGGACCCGCUCCUUCCAACGAGCCCCAGCCUCCCGUCUCCGACCAGGGCUCUGUCGUUACCUCUGCCGUGGUCAGCACUCUUCCCGCCGUUACCCCUGGAGGCGAGCCCGUUGUGAGCACCAUCUUCGUCACUCGCUCUGCUGGUGGCCCUCCUUCUGCCCCCGAGGGUACCGCCGUUAGCUCUGCCGAUGCUGUGGCCAGCUCUGCUGUUGUUACCACCUCUGCUGUCGUUACCACUGUUCCCGAUGCCACUGGCGGACAGAUUGUGUCGACUGUGUACAUCACUAAGACUAUCGAGGGUGGCGCCGCUUCUGAGGCUGUCGGCUCCGCCGCCACCUCUGCCGUCGUCUCUACUCUCCCGGCCGAGAGCGGACAGCCCCCUAAGGUCACUACGAUCUUCGUUACCGGCCAGCCUCCCGCUCCCACCAACGAGCCCGGCGUCUCUGACCAAGGUUCCGUCGUUACCUCCGCCGUCGUCUCUACUCUUCCCGCCAUCACCCCUGGAGGAGAGCCCGUGGUUUCUACUGUUUACGUCACCGCCACUGUUCCCGCCGCCGCUCCCUCUGCCCCCGCCGCCUCCGAGCCGGUUACAUCUGUCAUCUCCAUGACCCUCGCUCCUCCCUCGGGCUCUCCCGUCGUGUCUCUGGUCACCAUCACCCUCCAGCCGACUGCAGGCCCCUCCGGCACCGCCCCGGUCACCUCCGCCGUCGUCUCUACUCUCCCCGCUGAGAGCGGCCUGCCUCCUAAGGUCACCACGGUGUACGUGACCGCCCCCGCUCCCACUGCUCCUCCCGCUGGCCAAGUCUCUGUCAUCACCGUGACCCUCGGAGACAAGACUGGUGUCGUGACCAUCAGCCCCUCCCAGACUGGUGCCAUUGCGACCACCAUCGCGUCCGCUCUCCCCAGCGCUGGCGCCGGCUCUGGUGGCUCCGGCUCCGGCUCUGGCGGUUCUGGUUCUGGCUCCGGCGGCUCCGGCUCCGGUUCCGGCGGCUCUGGCUCCGGCAACGGCGGUAGCGUCGGCGAUGAGGGCAGCUGCCCGUCCGCGGUCACGGUGACAGUGACCGCGUCCAGCUGCCCCACCGCCGUCACCUCCGUCCUCACCGCGACCGUCUCCGUCGUCCCCACCGAGGCCCCCGCCGCCAAGAAGCGCUCCUCCGAGGAGAAGCGCGAAGCCGCCGUGGCCCACCACCAGCGCCGCCACGGCCGCGCCUUUGGCUUCUUCUAA